CUCUUCGGCUCGCACCAGCACCUCUCCGCUCCCGCACCACCCAGCAGCAGCCAUGGUGUCCACCGCCCGCAAAGCCGCGCUCGCCGCUCUCAUGUCGCUGUCCGUGCUCCUGGCUACGUGCGACGCGCAGCUGCAGUUCCGCGACUCCAAGCCGAAGAGGGGCAUCGCUUCCCUGGGCUACGGACUACCAGGCGUGGCAGUACCAGCAGCGGGCUCCCUGGUGGCGCCGUACAACUACUUCUUCAGGAGCCAGCCGGCGCACUACGCCGCCGCAGCGCCGCUUUCUCUGGCCGGCCACUACGCGGCAGCACCCGCAGCACCGGCCUACGCCGCCCCCGCGCCCGCCUACGCCGCCCCCGCGCCCGCCUACGCCGCCCCCGCAGCCGCCUACGCCGCCCCCGCGCCCGCCUACGCCGCCCCCGCAGCCGCCUACGCCGCCCCCGCAGCCGCCUACGCCGCCGCCCCCGCAGCCUACGCCGCCUCCCCAGUCGGGCCGUACGCGGCGGCACCUGCGGCCUUCGCCUCCCCUGCGGCAGCGGCCUACGCUAAGCCGGCUGCCGCGGGGUAUGGCUACCUGGGCUGAAGACGCUCCAGCCGCCGUAGCGGAGUAUCUUCCUCUCCGAGUUCCUCGUGACGUCUCAGCGUAAUCUGUCUUCUUUUUUUUAUAACUGCAAUAUUUAUUGUACAUCACAGCGUCCCAGAAGGGCUCUGGUUGGUUGUUGUACUUUAAUAAAAACUUUAUAUAUAAUACCAAA